AUGACAUCUCAAUCAAAGAUUAUGUUCUACGUUGGUGGAGAGGAUGAAGGGGGUAAUAUUGUUGUAGAUCUUGGAGACUAUCGAGACCUUCGUGGUGGAGGUUCUUUUUACCACAACCUCUCACGGCAACAAUGCCACCAUGGUCGCGUCCUCGACUUCCAUGUGCGAGAGCUGGCAUCACGGCUAUGCGAACGGAACCAAGUGAUCCACCCUGACUUCUACGACUUCAAGCGCGGCCAGGUGCACGACUACGAGAUCGGCCUCCACGUCCGUCACGGUCACGAGGAUAGCUUUGUCGGACAAAUCAGGAUACUGCUAGCUGUUGCUGUAACCACUCUCCCAUCAGUUCCAAGUCCUUCCUUAACUCCAUAA